UAAGAUAAGGGAUUUUAUUCAUUUUACAACGCCAGUACAUUACAGUGCUAGUCAUUGCCCACGCUGAAUGUUAACGUGGUACAGUGCCUAUCUUUCAAUUUCGGGUUUUAGGAUUUUUUUCAGGCAGACAUUCUUCUCAACUUGCUCGAAAGGAUUGAAAUGUUACAGUUUAGGUUUUCGUCAGUGCUGAAGGAGUUGUUUCAAUCCAACCUAAAGCGCCCUUUGACAGGUAUUACAAGAAAUAAAACGUCGUUACCAAUCCACUACUGCUCCAGCAACGCCUCUCUUGAUGUCCAAGUCAGCUUCAAAUUGAAGCUUCUCCAUGCCGGUGUCCACCGCCCUUUGCUUUGCGCCGCACCUGGGACCCGGACCUACUGCACGAAGACCGAAGGUGCUGCUAUACCUGUGACUGAAAGUGCUAUACCGGUGACCGACCAGGAGAAGAAAGAUGAGACUGCCAAAGAAGCAGCGGCGGAGAAGAGAAGGAAGGCAGGCAUCCUGCCCAGUCUGGAGGACCUGCUCUUCUACACCAUCGCAGAGGGCCAGGAGAAGAUCCCCGUUCACAAAUUUCUCACAGCACUAAAGGCCACGGGACUACGCACAGGAGAUCCCCGGCUGAAGGAAUGCAUGGACACCCUUAAAGUCACCCUGAAGAACACCUCGGACGGAGUCAUGCUGGACAGAGACCUCUUCAAGAAAUGUGUCCAGAGCAACAUAGUCUUGCUCACCCAGGCCUUCCGCAAGAAGUUUGUCAUCCCCGACUUCCAGUCCUUCUCUUCUCACAUCGACGAGCUCUACGAGAGUGCCAAAAAUCUGACCGAAGGCCAGGUUGGUAAUCAGCCCAUCCUGGGGGAGGUUGCAGACUACAUUCCCCAGCUUGCCAAAUUUAGCCCAGACCUGUGGGCCGUGUCUCUGUGUACCGUGGAUGGACAAAGACACACGGUAGGCGACACCAAGGUCCCCUUCUGCUUGCAGUCGUGUGUGAAGCCGCUGAAGUACGCCAUCGCGGUGCACGACCACGGCACCGAGUACGUGCACCGCUUCAUCGGGAAGGAGCCCAGCGGCCUGCGCUUCAACAAGCUCUUCCUGGACGAGGACGAUAAGCCCCACAACCCCAUGGUGAACGCCGGCGCUAUUGUUUGCACCUCAUUGAUAAAGCAGGGAGCGAGCAAUGCUGAGAAGUUUGACUAUGUCAUGAACUUCCUGAAUAAGAUGGCAGGAAAUGAGUAUGUAGGCUUCAGCAAUGCCACAUUCCAGUCGGAGCGCGAGUCAGGAGACCGGAAUUUCGCUAUCGGCUACUACCUGAAAGAAAAGAAGUGUUUUCCUGAGGGGACAGACAUGACGUCCAUUCUGGAUUUCUACUUCCAGCUAUGCUCCAUCGAGGUGACCUGCGAGAGCGCCAGCGUCAUGGCGGCCACCCUGGCAAACGGCGGCUUCUGUCCAAUCACGGGCGAGCGCGUGCUGAGCCCGGAGGCAGUGCGUGACACGCUGAGCCUCAUGCACUCCUGCGGCAUGUACGACUUCUCUGGCCAGUUCGCCUUCCACGUGGGCUUGCCAGCCAAGUCGGGCGUGGCAGGGGGCAUCCUUCUGGUGGUGCCCAACGUUAUGGGCAUCAUGUGCUGGUCUCCUCCGCUGGACAAGCUGGGCAACAGUGUCAGAGGCAUUCAGUUCUGCACGGACCUGGUGUCUCUCUUUAACUUCCACAACUACGACAACCUGAGGCACUUUGCCAAGAAGCACGAUCCUCGCAGGGAGGGAGGCGACCAGAGGCAGUUUACCUUCGGACCAAUGGAUUACGAGAGCCUUCAGCAAGAGCUAGCUCUCAAAGACUCUCUGUGGAAAAAGGUGGUGCCCACUGAUUGCCACGAGGACAGCUCCACCACUGUAGUCUAUAGGAUGGAGAGUGUCGGGGAGCGCAACUAGGACCCCCUCUCUCCUCCCUACCUCCCACCUUCUCCUGUCCCCUUUCUACACCCAUAUAUGACUUCAUAUAUUUAUAUAAAUUAUCAAGAGGAUUAUUUAUUUCUGUAAGUUUUUAUUUUAUUUUUUUACAUAAUGUAAUGUCACAUUAUGUACUGGUGAUGAAUGACAAUUGAUUCUACCUGGGUUACUGUACUUUUUUUUCCCCUCUUUUUUUUUCUUUCUGUGUGUCUGUGGCUGCAAUCCAAACACUUAACAGACACACCCUCAGCCCUCAAAUGAAGUGGACACUUCUGAUGAUAUAUCAUGACGUCUGACGAGUUGACACUUGUAGGGCGAGGGAGGGAGGAAGGAAUUCUUUUUAAAUGAGUCGCCCUUGCCCGGAAAUUCGUCACUUGUUCAUCUCGCAACGAUUGUGUUUUCAUUCACCAGUAGCGUGUGGGUGCUUUAUAUGCGCAACAGUCAAUUAUGAUUGCAUGUCUACUUAUAUUAACUACAUAAUUAUUAAUAUAUGCCUACUGUAUCAUAGCUAGAAAAUGAAUUAGCUAACUAACGUUAGCCUGUCUAGUUGGAACUUCUGAAGACGGGGAAUGUUUUUUAUUUCUACAAUUUCCAAAAGCUAACCAAACAAAAACAUCAUUACUUUUACGAGACGUGUUUGUGUAGCACAAUUUGUAACUUCUUUACAUUCCUUUUUACUUACACUUGUAUGUUGACUCCAUAUUGACGUUGAGGUUUUAAGUUUUGGCGGACUUUUCUUAGCGGAUGUACCAUCAUCGCGAAUUGAAUUAUGGGGUGUUUCAGGCCCCGAAGCGAACAUAAUUGUACCCUCGCAAACUCUAUUAAAAAUGAGGGCUGAGGGGCUUGCGUUGCACACUUCCCUUGCUUGGCUAAUCAUUUGGACCGACGACAAAUAUGGCUGUGGGGAUUCCCCCUAGGGAAUAAGGCGAGGGUAAGUGGGUAAGUGGACGAGGGUGUGUCUUUUAUGAGUUUGAAAUGCAUCUCUUGUGUUUUUGGGGUCCCUGCAGAGCUGAGGGAAGCCCUUCUGGCUGCCUGUCUAGAAUGUCAGACUUUAGGGGCCUGAAGGGAUUGCCUGGCUCAGAUUGAGGCUUUGCAAGUAGACUUGAUCCAUUUCAUGUGUGCUUCAAUAUCUAAUGUGUUUGUUAACCAAAACGAGGGAGGUUUUCUCAAACCAAAAGCCAAGGGAAGAUGUGGAGCGUUGUGCUUUGACACACAUAAAUAUAAUGUAUCUCAUUAUAUUUAUAUGCGUUGACAGGCUCUUAAGGUUACUACAAGCUUAACUCUGUUGAUGUGUGUGUGUGUGUGUGUGAAGUGGGAUUUUUGAAGUAGAGGACUCCUUUUGGUAACAGGAUAUCCUUGCCGGUCCCGCCCGUUUUUUGGGGGGGUUUUUUGGUCUUCAUUUUUUGAAAACAAGGAACAGUAGGCUUCCUUUGCUUAUAGUAGUAGGCUGGCUUUAACCUGGCGAAAAACAUAGCAAGCUAGCUAGUCUUUUUUAGCUCCCCACAUCCCCAUGUGAAAUAAUCAGAUUGAUCAUUUAGAAAUAUGCCCUGGCAAAUGUUCUUCUACUUGCUGGUGUAACCUAAAACAUUAUCCCAGUUUGAUAUACUGAUUGUGUAUUCAUUCCCAUAUCAGUUAAAAAUAGAACAGCAUUUAUUUUUUUGUUGUAAAAAAAACACAUGGCUAGCAAGUUGGCUACAGCAGGUAAUACCAUUUCACAGUAGCCUGGAAUCACUAGUUACUAUUUCUAAAUAAAAUAAUGUUUUGGGUGGAUUCAGUUGCGGAGAUUAUAUUUGGUUAUCAAUGCAAAAUAGUCUACUUUGAUGAAUUGCCUAUAUAUAUAUAUAUAUAUAUAUCAGAUCAAGGAACCAAGCAAUAAUACUGCCCCCACGGCCGCAGAAGUAAUGAUACUGCAUGUCUAAAUUUUCAGGUAGUAAAACGGUACGCCGAACGCCAGAGCUUUUUUCAAGGAACCGCCCCUUUUGUGAUGAAAAAUGACAUUGCAACACUCCGAUAUUUGUGUCUGCAUAGAGCUUGUAGUAUGCUUUUAGAAGAGCAAACUGAGAUUAUAACGAUAAGGCACUUAUCAGGCGUGACACGGAGACGAUAUCAGUCGGACCAUUCUAACUUGCAUACCAGUGCUUUACCUUUCACAUACCAGCAACGGAUCUCACAUGAGCCGAUUUCUCAACUGCUGUUGAGUGGAGCGAAGCUUUUCAUCAAGGACGUAAAAGGUGACUCAUUCCACCCCCUUUUGUGUGUGUGUGCGCCUUUUUGUAUUUGAGUGGUGUGUGUGUCUUUGUGUGUCUGUGUGUGUGUGUGUAUACCAUGUUCAUCUAAGCUGUGACGCAUGCUGAGGGGACCUUGACCCUGGCUCUGACAGACCGACAAGACACCGCACAAACCUUUAGUUUUCAUGACAUAGCCUAGUAGAAUCCUGCUGGAUCUAUUCCGUUGGCAGUUGCAGUAUGCAUAUGUCAGAUGGCAUAUCGUGGUUAUAUAGGUCAUACGUAUAUGUAUUGUACAAGUCAGUAUACCAUUGAGAGAAAGUGUGAUCACACAUUGUUACCAAUUUUAUAUUUAAUCCGUAUUAUUACUGUGAAUUACGCUUAGCUACCCUUAAAGAGGAAGGGGAAACCAGUUCCUCUUAUCUAUACUGUAGCUUAAGAAUGCAUCAUGUUUAUUUCCAAUAUGCACUGUACAGUAUCUACAGUUUUCCCAAAGACUGUAUUUGCCUGGCGUGUGUUUUUUGGGGGGGAUUGUUAUCUUGCAGUAAUCUUGAUGAAACUCAACAGCAGCGUAGAACGGCAAGGGAAUCCACUUACUUCACAAACGUUGGCCACAUUUGCACAUGUACGUCAACCAGCAGGACACCGUGGGUGUCCUGCUGCUGGGGCUGUUUUUCUUGUUCAAUGUUGUUAUCCAAUCAUUCUUGAAACUGGACAGUUGAAUUGGUAUACACUGUUGUUGUAGUAGCCCUUUGUUACCCAUGUCAUGAAUGUGCUCUUCUUCUCGUGGGACCCAUAUAAGUCUAUGGGUCCCUUACCGGCCAAGGUUGGGGUCAAUUUGAAUUGAAGUCAAAUCAGGAAGUGAUUUAAAUGUCAAAUUCAUAAAUGGAAAGAAUUUUGAAAGAUACAUGGCUUCUCCCUUUCAGUUUGUUGACAAGUUAUUGAACAUAGAUGCCCUGUUUUUCAAUUAUUGAAUUCGAAUUUAUUCAUUGAAUUGGAAUUCCUGAAUUGGCUGACUUGAACCCACCCUAUCCCAUAUACUUUUAGUUAGUUUUUAGCUUCUUUUAGUAUCAGACUUUUACUUAAAAUAUAUUUUUGUUGUUUUGCCAUGUCAAUAUGCUUGGACUUCAUUUAAAAUUGUGAUUUGGAACUAGGACUACUAUUUCACUAAGGAUGUUUUUUUUUAAGUGUAGGCCUUAGAUGUCAGUCAGUCAGUGUGUGGUGCAAAGCAUUCACAAGUCUCUGCCACUGUGGAGUGAAGCUAGCUGUAGCUAGCCUAGCAGCUAACGUUAACUUGCUUGCUAAUGCUAAUUUACCAAAUAAUCAGUUCUGUUAAAUCGAUCCUAUUUAUUUGUACUGAAAUUGUAUCAUUUUUUUCCCUUGCUACUCGUGUGUUCUGAAACACGUUUGAGUGUGUUUUCUAAUGUCUUGCCCAUGUUGACAUAAUAUGGAGAAUGCAGGGGCUGAAAGCUUGCAAGACUUAGGAGUUAGGAUGACGUUAGAGGAUACAGGAGGAAGUUAUGGGGCUUACUGAACCUUUCUACUCUACUGCAAAAUGUGACUAAUAACCCCAAUCAAAUUUUACACAGGGGUUUUUUGAAUGCCGUACCAGUAUUUUCAUUACAAUUUCUGAUUUUUUUUUAAAUGAUUUCACAGCAACAUGUUUAAUGUUUCCCACAAUGUCAUUAUUUUACUUCAAAUUGCAUAUUUUUGUAUGAUUUAAUAAAUGUGUUUGAAUCCCACCUUGACAUUUUAAAGUUCAUUUUAGUCCUUGUAUUCUUUUUCAUUUUUCUGUUUCAAUCCAUAUCUGUGCCUUGGAGAAAACAGCUGUAGCCCUCCAAGUCUAACACACUAUACACACCAGCAGCCUACACUGUUAACUUAUUGAGAAUGUGUAUCACUGCAUUUAACAUUAACUUCUCGUGAGCUCCUCAGAUCUUAACCUGAUCUACCUGGAGUGUUGAUUUAUUACCAAAACCAGUUUGAGUUAGUGUCUUGGGCAUAAAAGGGUGUUGCUUUCACCUCAUAGUAAAGACACUGACUCUUGGUGUGGAUGAAAACACUAGGUAUUUGUCUUGUAGAACUUUGUAGUUCUACAAGAGGCCAGUAUUGCAAAUACUAGCAAAGAGCUUCAGUAGUUGCAAUGACAGGUGAAGUACCUGUUGAAAUCAUGUUGCCAUUUUAUAAACCAAUAAAGUACUAUAACCAACAAAUACCUGUUUGUCAAAUUACCACAACUGAAACUAAGUGGUUUAACCCUUUUUGUUUUAUUAGUUAACAGGGGAUUUUUUUCUUACUAGGAAAUUGUGGUAUCAAUGGGUAGUUUUUGACAUGUACCUUCAACACAAUUGGUAAUUUUGUAUCUGGUUUGUACUAAACGGUGCCUAGAGGUUUUAAUGAAUCCUUAACAAUCUGUAACGAUCAGUAAUUUAAUGUUAACUAGUUGGUAAUUCUUGUUUAAUUACUGUUUUCACCAUAUAAUUCCCAAGUAAAUACUGUACCUGAUCAUGUCUGUGCUAAAUACUUUGAAAGUGCAGUUUCUGUGACUAGCUUUGACUCUUCUGGUCGCAGUUCAACCUGAGCAGGAAAAAGAAAGGUGAGGGGGUGGGUGAUUUGGGGAGGGGUCUUGUGUGGUAUGCAGUGCAGUGCACCCUUUCAGAGUUAAUGAAACCAAUCAGAAGAGACCCCAGAAUGCAUUGUGCUUGAUCUGUGUGAGCUUGGUCUGUAUGCUCGCGCUCCGGUCAUUGUUCUGAACCAGUUUUUACUUGGUGAGUUAAGUCAAGUGUGCUCUCUUUGCUGGCAACUGUGUUACUUGCUGUACUAUGUCUGUCUGUAUAGUAUGGUUAUUGUAUUUCUGUUGUAGCCAUUCGUUUUCAGCCUGUCAAGGAACAUCCAUCACACUUAUAACAAACAUGACUGAAUAGUCACUGUUUCGGCUUCAGGGUGAUAGCGUGGGUAAUAACUAUCAAAGUAGUUAAGUUAUUGAGUAAUAAGUCAAAAUUAGCCUCUUUUGAGCCAGUUCUGUUUUAAUAGGGUGAAUUGUAUACACUUUUGUAUACAGUCUAGACAUUUUUGUAUGGGAAUGUGCUGGACUACCCUUGACAUGCUGUGCUCGCUUGUGUGUUGCAGUGUGAUCUCACCAACAGUGACCUGUGUCUGUGCAGGGCUGGGCUGAUAUAGGCCAGAUUGGAUUCAAACACACAUUAUGAUACCUGUGGGGGAGAUGUAGUCACUGCCAUAGAAAUAUAAGUAAAUCGUGUAAUUCUAUGGCAGUGGCGAUUUUGGUCCCAUGCCUAUGGUGUUACAUUUCACCUAUUGGCACAAUGCUCAGACUGGGUGUGUCUAAGUGACUUGUCCGUGUCUAGCCUCUUAAUAAUCAAAAGAAUCUCGGUCCAAAACGCCUCCCUGGCCCCAUAUGAACAGCGUGGUUCAGAGAUUCUCUGCCCCACAUUGGGUGUGUAUACAUUUGUUUAUUUCAAAACUAGCCUACAUAGCCCAUGUUUGUUGAUGACUGUGGGUUGGGAAAGGAUGCUAUCUUUUUUGUGGUAAAUAAUGCAAGUGACUUCAAUGGCUUUCUUUGAACGGGGGGGGGGGGGGGAUAUUAGAUUCACAG